UCAUUGAAAAUAGAGGUUUUUCUCUUUUAUAAUUUAUAUGAAAAAAAAAAAAAAAGCAGCGCAAUGCCACGUCGUUGGGUUGCUACUUCUUCAGAGCUAAGGCAAGAAGAAAUUUUGUGGCGGGGAAGCUCCAAGCUUAAUUUUAAGAAUCUGAAAACUAUCAGUGUCACUUCAAUUUCUAUGGCUACUUCUUUGAUGCUAAGAUCCUCUCUUCUUUGGACUCUUCAAACCCAUCACAAGAACCACCAACGCCAACACGCUUUCUCCAAUCCCUUCUCCGAUAUUUCUUUCUCUACUGUAUCAAAACCCACGUCUCAUUGCCUCAAUUCCUCUAAGAUGGAAGGUAGUGAAGUGACUGAGGAAAUUACAGAGCUUACAGAAACAAAAGUGAACGAGAAGAAGAAAAUAUUUGUUGCUGGGGCAACUGGAAGUACUGGUAAAAGGAUUGUCCACCAGCUACUAGCAAAGGGUUUCGAGGUCAAGGCUGGGGUUAGAGAUUUAGAGAAGGCCAAAACUACUUUUUCCAAAGAUAACCCUUCUCUUCAAAUGGUGAAAGCAGAUGUAACGGAGGGGCCUUCCAAAUUAGCAGAAGCAAUAGGAGAUGAUUCUGAGGCUGUAAUAUGCGCUACUGGAUUUCGGCCUGGUUGGGACUUGUUUGCUCCGUGGAAGGUUGAUAAUUUUGGUACUGUUAACCUUGUUGAUGCUUGUCGUAAACUGGGUGUGAACAGAUUUAUUCUCAUCAGCUCCAUUUUAGUCAAUGGAGCAGCAAUGGGUCAGAUACUAAAUCCAGCUUACAUCUUUCUCAAUGUUUUUGGACUGACCUUAAUAGCGAAGCUUCAGGCAGAGCAAUAUAUCAGGAGAUCCGGUGUAAAUUACACCAUAAUUAGACCUGGUGGGUUGAGAAAUGACCCUCCAACCGGAAAUGUUAUUAUGGAGACAGAGGAUACUCUCUAUGAAGGAUCUAUCUCCAGAGAUUUGGUUGCAGAGGUUGCUGUUGAGGCAUUAAUCCAUCCCGAAUCAUCUUACAAAGUUGUGGAAGUUGUUUCUCGGGCUGAUGCCCCUAAAAAUACAUACAAGGAUCUUUUUGGUUCCAUUAAGCAGCAUUGACUGAUCUGUUCAUAGUUAAGAGGCAGCAUUAUUUUUUAUUUUUACUGCAGAUUCCAGAGCCUCAGUGACUUUCUGUUGGUGGCUAUUUGUUGUCAAUGAUUUACUUGUGAGCAGAUAAAUCAAUUUGUUUUGGCUCUUACUAUGGUGUAAUAGUUUUCUUUGUUUUGAUAUGGUAUAACUGUUAAAGACAUAUUUUAGAAGUAAUCUCAUUAUGUUA